AUGGACGACGACCUCGAAAUAUGCAACGACAUCACCGACCCUCAAUACCAGCACCCGCCGCACCCCAUGAGAUCAAACAUCUUAUCCGGCGGGCCCGGCUACCUCGUAUCCCACCCGUCCCUCGGCGGCAUCGUCAUCUCGACCCCAUCGUCCAUAGACCUACAACACCUAAACCUCCCCCGCACCCACGACACCAAUCUCACUUCCUUCUCCAAAAGCGAAGAAGACGAUCUCGCGCAGCGCAUGCUCCUCCUCGGCGGGCACUGGUACCCCUCCUGGGCCACCUACGCUCGCCACCAGGAACGUCUCGCCAACAGCACCGUCUACGACUUCCACAUGCCCCCGGACGUGUACGUCGGCUACCCGUCUAGCGGGGGUGUGUGGGUGGCCAGGUACGUGCCGGACCGGGACCACUUCCGCCACGGCCAGAAGUUCUCGCUUCCGCAGCGGCCGCCGGAGUGGAACCGGGUCAUGCACCGCGUGCUGACGAUGGACGAGAAGUGUGAAGCGUUGAAGGCGUUUGGGGCUACGUUCUACCCACGAAUAGAGGACUGCGUGGAUCUCCCCAAGUCCGUGGAAGAGGGCCGGGAAGAGUUCCAACGAUACGAGAAGAGCUUGGAGGAUAUGGAUGACGGCGACUACCAGAAGCGAUGGUUUAUGAGAUUUCAUGGUCUCGACCGAGACGAAGACGUUGAAUCGAGGGCCACAGAAUCAGGCACCAGGUGGGGUUGCGUGAUGUGUUGA